UGGCCCUCGGUUCCCGCCUACUGGCCCGGCAGCCAAUCGCCUGCCCCGGCGCCCACGGCGACGAAUUCAAAGCUCACUGAGGGCUGAAGACGGAAGAACUAAAGCUGGCCGCCAGCGAGAUGGAGGUGGCGGAGGCCGGGGUGCGGGGCCCCGCGUUGGAGGCCCUGGCCAAGCUGGCAAGUGUCCUGGAGCCUACAGGCCUACAAGAGGAGGCAGAGCUGCCGGCCCAGCUCCUGGCAGAGUUUGUGAUGGACUCCCGGAAGAAAGACAAGCUGCUAUGCAGCCAGCUGCAGGUGGUGGACUUCCUGCAGAACUUCUUGGCUCAGGAGGACACUUCCCAUGGAGGAGAGCUCUUGGCUUCUGAAGACACCAGCCGGCAGAAGGCAAUUGCAGCCAAGGAGCAGUGGAAAGAGCUGAAGGCCACCUACCAGGAGCACGUGGAGGCCAUCACCAGGGUCCUGAGUCAGGCCUUGCCCAAGAUGGAGGAGGCCCAGAGGAAGCGGGCACAGCUCCAGGAGGCCCUUGAACAGCUCCAGGCCAAGAAGCAGGUGGCCAUGGAGAAGCUGAGGACAGCCCAGGAGCAGUGGCAGCUGUGCCAGGAGAAGCGACUCCAGCAGCUGGCGGAUGCUUCUGCGGAAGCGAGGCUGCGGCAGACGGGAGCCCAGCAGGAACUGCAGCGGCUGCAUCAGGAGCUUGGAGCCCUACGGCAGCAGGCCGGGCAGGAGCUGCAGAGGCUGCAGAGGCACCAGACCUUCCUCCAACUGCUGCACACUCUGCAAGGUCAGCUGCCGUUUCCUGAGGUGGAGGCAGACCCCCCACGAAAGCCGUAUCUUGCUGAGGAUGAGCCCCAACAGAAGAACACCGGGGUUGCCAUGGGGAGAGACGGGGCUGUGCCUUCCAAAGCUGAUGACCCGCUGCCUGCUGCUGAUGUGGGUUCGCUGUGGCUUCCUGAGGGGCAGCGCCCUGGGAAAGGAAGCUAGAGCCGGUCAGCAUCCCUGGACUGCAGGCACCCCUGUCCUCAGAGAAGUAAACAUGCUGCCAGAACUGUGGAUGAAGACUGUCCGUCCUCGGGGCGCCAGGGUGUCUCUGCUCGGGUCAUGAUCCCUGGGUCGUGGGCCCCACACUCAGCAUGGAGAAUCUCUCUCUCUGACCCUUCCCUGCUCGUUCUCUCUCUCUCUCUGUCUCUCUCAAAAAUAAAUAUUAAAAAAGUUUUUAGAAAAAGGAGUUGGAAGGUUAGCGACAAAAGCAAAUACAUAUUUAAACUAUUAUCUGUUUAUCUUCAUACUGAUUUUGUCAUCUUUCAGAUUAUCUUAGUGAAAUUUCAGAUUUUUGUCAGUCUACAAUUUUUAAACCAGGGUUAUUAGUCAAUGCAUAGGUAAUAGACACUUAGUGGUUUUAGGCAUUAACUAGUUAAAUCGUAUUAUUACCGAUUAUAGUGUAAAUAACUGAGGAUCUAUGGCUUUGCCUAAAGAAACAAGCCAAUUGUAGCUGCUGCCAUGAUAUUUGGGGCCGUCGUGCUCAGUUUCUUCCCAGGAGUCACUGGACACACAGUUAUGACCCAGAUGUGUUAUCUGGGGAGAUAGAUAGCUAACCUUUCAGUUCUCAGAGUGUGAUGUGCAGCAGACUGACGUCUGCAGAUUCCAGUUCCCAAUUCCUUGUUCAGAUUUUGUAAACUUACCAAAUCCUUCCAGUGACAAUGACCCAGUGGAUUUAGGGUCCGUUUUGUGAGAAAGACCAUAUUAUUCCCAUGACGAUCUUAGCACUCACCGCGGUACCAACUUGUGUGGCCGUCCUGGACACCCUGCAACCCUGGACAGACCCAUUUUGGAAAGGACGGGAGCCCCGAGGGAAGGAAUGUUCUGGAAGUGGGACUUGUGCUGGAGAAGGUGUGACAGCAGGAUUGUGCAAGCUCAUGUGUGUAAAGCACACACCCAGGGGAUCUUGCAGGAUGGGUAUACCUCCUUGCUCUGCUCCCACAGUGAAAAAACUAGGGGAGGCAUGUUUUCGUCUCCGAAGAGCUGAUUUGCCUAAGUUUAUCGUAAAUUAGAAAUAGAAGGUGCUGAGAUGUACCCGGAUGCAGAGCUGUGCUGACUUUCUGCCGUCGUUUGCAGCGAGUGUGGCCCCGCGGGUACACUCACGCUGAGAAAGGGACAGAGAUGGUGUGAGCGAGCUCCGGGCCUGCUGGUGAGCCGCACAGCCCCACUCCAUCUCUGCGCUGAGCUCGGUGGAGGGGCCUGGGGUCACGUGAAGGACGCGGCUGGGGCAGGGGCUCUGUUGGACCACUUCGGGCGAGGACAGAGCUGUGUCAGGUGACAGGGACGUGGUCCUGCUGGCCCACACCAUCUGGAUCUGCUCCUGGUCCCCGGACAUGGGUCCACCUGUGACAGUUACAGAUUCGUGCGCCUGGAGACCGCCACGUGUCGGAGCAUCUUCCUCUUGGGAACCGAGCCUGCGGGCAGCGCUGGAGCUCUCGGCUCCGAUGCUGCUGUGGUUCUAAAAAACCGUCCGUUCCUCACCUGGACACUCAGGUGCGCCCCCACGGCACCUUCACCCCUGUCCUUUUGGAGGUGGCUGGGAGCGCGUGGGUCCUACAAUGUCCCCACGUCCCAGGGGAGCGGACAGGCUGGGACAGUUGGGCCCCAUUGCCUCCCAGCCUGGCCCAGCCCUGCAACCUGGUAUGUGAUCUGCUGCCUGGGGCCCUGGCGACACGCCCCUGUGACAAAGUGUCAGAUGCCUCAGAAGGUCCCAGGCUUGCUCCCUUGCUGCGUCUCCCGUGCGGUGCCACAGGUACGCUCCUGUGGGGCUUGUGACCCUCUGCCCCAAAGGUCCCCCCGUCUCCUGAGCGCCGCCGAAGGACCUUGAGAAGUGCAGCGAGUCCCCACAAGGUCCACCUCACGGGUCUCCUUGCCUCCUUGGACUCAGGUGCCCUCCGGAUUGCCUGCUCCCUUGAAGGCUUCCGAAAGAGAGCAGUUCCUUCACCCGCACUCCGGUGUUCCGGUGUUCGCCAGUGACGCGUCCUCUUGCUGAGUUUGCUUUUUAAUGUUUGUUGUUACUUUUCCCACCCCCUCUGCUCUCACCCGACCCCCAUCCAACCCGCGCCCAGGGGGCGGGUGAGAGCUGUUUAGGGUGAUGAGAGUUUGGGGGUGGCCGUUUGUCGUUUAUUCUUUCUGAUCUCAUUGGUCUGGAAGACUGUUUACCUAUGAACAACACCUGCUAAUAGUAUCUUUUAAAAAAAUGAACAAAUCUCAAAUAAUUGUCAUCUUUUUGUUAAGAGUUAAUUAAUAAAAGU